AUGCCAGGGUUCAUGAACCACCUUGAGAAUAACAACAAUCUUGAAGCCUGUUGCCGAGCCCUUUCCCAGGAGAGUAGCAAGUACUUAUAUAUGGAAUACCAUAGUCCAGAAGACAACAGAAUCAAUAGAAAUCGCCUUUUGCAUAUUAACCUGGGAAUCCAUUCUCCUAGUAGCUACCACCCAGGAGAUGGAGCACAACUUAAUGGUGGUCGAACACUGGUACAUAGUUCAAGUGAUGGACAUAUUGAUCCACAGCAUGCAGCAGGUAAACAAUUGAUAUGUUUAGUUCCGGAACCACACUCGGCCCCAGCUGUUGUGGCUGCUACUCCAAACUACAAUCCAUUUUUUAUGAAUGAACAGAACAGAAGUGCAGCUACUCCUCCUUCACAGCCACCUCAACAGCCAUCUUCGAUGCAAACAGGAAUGAAUCCGUCUGCUAUGCAAGGGCCUUCACCUCCUUCAUACAUGCACAUACCUCGGUAUAGUACAAAUCCAAUUACUGUUACAGUAUCCCAAAACCUCCCUUCUGGACAGACUGUACCAAGAGCUUUACAAAUCCUUCCACAAAUUCCAAGCAAUCUCUAUGGGUCUCCUGGUUCUAUUUAUAUUAGACAGACAUCUCAGAGUCCAUCCGGAAGACGAACUCCUCAGAGUACCCCAUGGCAGUCUUCACCACAGGGCCCAGUGUCUCAUUAUAGCCAACGUCCUCUACCUAUUUAUCCACAUCAACAGAACUAUCAACCUUCUCAGUAUUCUCCCAAACAACAACAGAUCCCUCAGCCUGCUUACCAUUCGCCACCUCCUUCGCAGUGUCCUUCACCGUACAGCUCUCCACAACAUCAAGUGCAACCUUCACCGUUGGGCCACCCGAGUUCCCAUGUCUUUAUGCCCCCGAGUCCUUCAACUACUCCACCUCAUCCUUAUCAACAAGGACCUUCUAGCUAUCACAAACAGGGAAACCAUUCAAUAGCUUAUCUCCCAUAUACAACAUCUAGCUUACCCAAAGGAUCCAUGAAGAAGAUAGAAAUUACAGUUGAACCCUCUCAAAGGAGUCCUUCACCUAUCAGUAAUCAGCCGUCUCCACGGAAUCAGCAUUCGUUGUACACAGCCACCACUCCACCCUCAAGUUCUCCUUCAAGAGGGAUAUCCAGUCAACCAAAACCUCCAUUUAGUGUUAAUCCUGUGUAUAUUACAUAUACACAGCCAACUGGACCUUCAUGCGCUCCAUCACCAUCUCCUCGCGUAAUCCCAAACCCAACUACAGUUUUUAAAAUUACCGUAGGCCGAGCAACGACUGAAAACCUUUUAAAUUUAGUGGACCAAGAAGAACCUUCUGCAGCCCCAGAACCUAUUCAGCCUAUUUCAAUGAUACCAGGCUCUUUGGGAGAAAAGGGAAGCCAUAAAUACCACAGGAGUUCUAGUUCUGGAUCAGAUGACUAUGCCUAUACACAAGCCUUGCUGUUGCAUCAGAGAGCAAGGAUGGAGAGGUUAGCAAAGCAAUUGAAACUUGAGAAAGAGGAGUUAGAACGAUUGAAGGCUGAAGUUAACGGUAUGGAGCAUGACCUAAUGCAGAGACGGCUCAGAAGGGUCAGCUGCACCACUCCGAGUCCAACGCCUGAGGAAAUGACAAGAUUGAGAAGCAUGAACAGACAACUCCAGAUAAAUGUUGACUGUACACUGAAAGAAGUUGACCUCCUUCAAUCUAGAGGAAACUUUGAUCCAAAAGCCAUGAAUAAUUUUUAUGACAACAUAGAACCUGGCCCGGUGGUACCACCCAAGCCAUCUAAAAAAGACUCACCAGACCCUUGCACAGUUGAGAGGAAAGCCCGAAGAAUUAGUGUGACCUCCAAAGUACAGGCGGAUGUUCAUGACACCCAGGCAGCAGCUGCAGAGCAUCUACCUGGCUCCAAGAACAAUCCUCAGACACAGCCCCGAGAUGAAGACUAUGAAGGGGCCCCAUGGAAUUGUGACAGCUGCACGUUUCUGAACCACCCAGCACUAAAUCGCUGUGAGCAGUGUGAGAUGCCCCGGUACACCUGA